AGAGGCAACGAAUCCCAGAUUCACCUCUGUCCAAAAUCAUAUACUCUCAAACAUGACUGCUCCCAUGACAAUGAUGUCGGACUGGUGUGUGCUGACAGUGUGAGACUGGUGGAUGGUAGUACUCACUGUGCUGGGAGAGUAGAAGUUCUUCACAGAGGACAGUGGGGAACAGUGUGCGAUGAUGACUGGGAUAUGAGAGAUGCUGCAGUGGUGUGUAGAGAGCUGGGCUGUGGGGACGCUGUAGAUGUACUGGUUAAUUCUCACUUUGGACAAGGAUCAGGAUUAAUCUGGAUGGAUGAUGUGGACUGUAGUGGAUCAGAGUCUACACUGAAGAACUGUAGAUCAGCAGGUUGGGGUAAACAUAACUGUAAUCAAACUAAAAAUGCUGGAGUUAUCUGCUCAGGUAAACUUGUAAGGCUGGUGGACGGUGGUGGACACUGUUCUGGGAGAGUGGAGGUUCUUCAUAGAGGACAGUGGGGAACAGUGUGUGAUGAUGACUGGGAUAUGAGAGAUGCUGCAGUGGUGUGUAGAGAGCUGGGCUGUGGGGAGGCUGUACUGGGUAAUUCUCACUUUGGACCAGGAUCAGGACCAAUCUGAAUGGAUGAUGUGGACUGUAGUGGAUCAGAGUCUACACUGAAGACCUGUACAUCAGCAGGUUGGGGUAAACAUGACUGUAAUCAAACCAAAAAUGCUGGAGUCAUCUGCUCAGGGGUCAGAUUGGUUGGUGGUCCUCGUUGCUCUGGGAGAGUAGAGGUGCUUCAUGGGAAGACCUGGGCCACAGUGUGUGAUGCUGACUUUGACCAGCAGGAUGCAGAGGUUGUGUGUAGAGAGCUGGGCUGUGGGGCUCCUGUGGAGGUGCUGGGAACAGCUGCUUUUGGCAGAGGUGAGGGCCAGGUGUGGACAAAGGAGCUUCAGUGUAGAGGCAACGAAUCCCAGAUUCACCUCUGUCCAAAAUCAUAUACUCUCAAACAUGACUGCUCCCAUGACAAUGAUGUCGGACUGGUGUGUGCUGACAUGGUGAGGCUGGUGGAUGGUAGCAGUCGCUGUGCUGGGAGAGUGGAGGUUCUUCAUAGAGGACAGUGGGGAACAGUGUGUGAUGAUGACUGGGAUAUGUCAGGACCAAUCUGGAUGAAUAAAGUGGCCUGUAGUGGAUCAGAGUCUACACUGAAGAACUGUGGUUCAAGUGGAAGGGUUAGUGACUGUCAACAUGCAGGAGUUAUCUGCUCAGGAGUGAGGCUGGUUGGUGGUCCUCACUGUGCUGGGAGAGUCGAGGUGAUUCAUGGGAAGACCUGGACAACAGUGUGUGAUGCUGACUUUGACCAGCAGGAUGCAGAGGUUGUGUGUAGAGAGCUGGGCUGUGGGCCUCCUGUGGAGGUGCUAGGAGCAGCUGCUUUUGGCAGAGGGGAGGGCCAGUUGUGGACAGAGGAACUUCAGUGUAGAGGCAACGAAUCGGAUAUUUACGCCUGUCCAACAUCUUCUACAGUCAAACAUGACUGUUCUCAUGACAGUGAUGUGGGACUGGUGUGUGCUGACAGUGUGAGGCUGGUGGAUGGUGGUACUCGCUGUGCUGGGCGAGUGGAGGUUCUUCACAGAGGACAGUGGGGAACAGUGUGUGUUGAGGGUUCAAGUGUAAUAGCUGCAGUAGUGGUUUGUAGACAGCUGGGCUGUGGAGGGAUACUGAGUGCUACUGUAAGUGACACAGCAGGAUCUGGACCAAUUUGGAUGAGUCAACUCACCUGCAGUGGCUCAGAGUCUACACUGAAAAACUGUGGAUCAUUGGGCUGGGGUAAACAUAGAUGUAGUCAUUUGGACGAUGCUGAAUUAAUCUGCUCAGGUCACAAAAUGCCCAGACUUAAAGAUGGUCCUCACUUGUGCUCUGGGAGAGUAGAGGUGCUUCAUGGGAAGACCUGGUCCACAGUGUGUGAUGCUGACUUUGACCAGCAGGAUGCAGAGGUUGUGUGUAGAGAGCUGGGCUGUGGGCUUCCUGUUGAGGUGCUGGGAGCAGCUGCUUUUGGCAGAGGGGAGGGCCAGUUGUGGACAGAGGAGCUUCAGUGUAGAGGCAACGAAUCUGAUAUUUACUCAUGUCCAACAUCUUUAGUCAAAAAGAACUGCUCCCAUUACCGUGAUGUGGGACUAAUAUGCUCAGGUUACACAGCUGCACGUCUUGUGAACGGCUGGGACUCCUGUUCUGGUCGAGUGGAGCUCCUGUACCUCAGUGACUGGGGCUCAGUUUGUGGUGAUAGCUGGGAUAUGAGAGCUGCCAGUGUCCUCUGUGGGCAGCUGAAGUGUGGGAGUGCUGUGGCUGUGUUGGGGGUGGACUGGUUUGGGGAGGGAAGUGAUCACAUCCGGGCUGAUGUGUUUGACUGUCAUGGGAAUGAGACACACCUGUCAGAAUGUCCCAUCUCAUCAUGGAGUCGAGCAGCAUGCUCUCAUAAACAAGAUGUUGGAGUCAUCUGCAGCAUUUCCUCUCAGGCCUUUCAUGAGGGCCGAGUGCAGUUGUCUGGAGGGAGUGAGUGUGAGGGGCAGGUGGAGGUUUACUUUAGCCUGGGCUGGAGGAGAGUUCUCCUUGACUCCUGGAGUGUAUCUGAAGCCUCUGUGGUGUGCAGACAGCUGGGCUGUGGCUCUGUGCUGAACUUCUCCAGCUCCUCUCCAUCCAGUCCUGAACAACACAGCCACAUCUGUGUGAUAGGUUUCAAUUGUUCUGGGAGUGAAGGUCAUCUGGGGAACUGCAGCAGUGCAAAUCUCCUCAACCUCUCCUGCAGCUCUAGGGAACAGCUGUCAAUCACCUGCUCUGCCCACAGCUCUAUCAGACUGGUUGGUUCUGGUGGAGAUUGUGCAGGAAGGCUGGAGGUUUUCCUCAACGGCUCAUGGGGGACAGUGUGUGAUGACUCAUGGGAUAUUGAGGAUGCCCAGGUGGUGUGCAGGCAGCUUCAGUGUGGAGUGGCCCUCAGUGCCCACGUACCAGCCUGGUUUGGUCCAGGAACCGGACCCAUAUGGCUGAAUGAGGUGCAGUGUGAGGGGAGGGAGACGUCCCUGUGGAACUGCAGGUAUCAGUCUGGGGGAAAGCAUGACUGCAGACACAAGGAGGACGUAGGGGUCGUGUGCUCAGAUUUUAAAGAAAUCAGACUCACUAAGGGGUGUGAAGGGAAUCUGGAAGUGUUCUACAAUGGAACCUGGGGAAAUGUGUGUGUGAAUGGGAUGAAUGAGGAAACAGUAAAUUUGAUCUGUCAAGAGCUGAACUGUGGAAGAACAGGUAGUGAGUCCACAUCCAGAGCAAAAUUGGAAUCAUCUCCUAACUGGCUGGAUCAGGUGAAAUGUAGGAAACAUGACUCCACUCUAUGGCACUGCCCAUCUGACCCCUGGGGGCACAAUAAGUGUGAUAAUGGCAAGGAGGUGGCUCACAUUACCUGUUCAGGUAGGCAGAUUCUCCCUGCAUGUAAAGAUUCUUGCAGAUAUCAAGUAGCUGAGAAGCUCAGGCUGAGUGGACCAGAGGGAAGCUGCUCUGGAAGGCUGGAGGUUUAUCAUAAUGCUGUGUGGGGCUCCAUCUGUGAUGAUCAGUGGGACAUCAGGGAUGCUGAGGUGGUCUGCAGGCAGCUGGGCUGUGGGAAGGCACUGAGUGCUAAUGGGAGUGCUACCUUUGGUGCUGGUGAAGGGGUGAUCUGGUUGAACAGAGUGGAGUGUAGAGGGGAUGAGAUUCACCUGUGGGACUGCAGUUAUUCACUGAAGAACCACACUGAUUGCUCCCACAAAGAGGAUGCUGGCGUCACUUGUGCAGACAUCUCCCUGACUCCUGUUAUUACAAGCAAAGUAACCACCAACUCCAUCUCAGUUGGUAAAUCUGAGAUGAUAACAACCAGUCGACCUCUACCUCAACCAGCUACCUCUCCAGUGGUCCUGCUGGUACUGGGAGUGCUGCUCUUCCUGGCCUUAGUGCUUCUCUCUGGGCUGGUUUACCAGAACAGAGUACUCAGGAAAGUACUCUCUAAGAGAAGGCAUAAGACUUUACCUGAAGUAAUCUAUGAGGAGAUUGACCACAGAAUCACUAAUGAAAGAACUCCCAUCUCAGCUCAAAAGGAAUAUAUUGACUCAGAGGCUCAGCAUUCUGGUUAUGAAGAUGUUGGUAAAGAGCUUCUCUCAGCAAAAUCUGUCAGUGAAGAAAAGACUGAGUAUUAUGAUGAUGCUGUCACCAGUAGUGGUGAUCUAGGGACAGAAAAUACACAGGAUAAUUACAAUGACAUCACACAUGGACAGACACCUGAUACUGUAGCAAAGGAUGUGGUAGAGAUCUAUGAUGAUGCUGUUACUGUUGGACCAAACUCACAUCUUACAACAGAGUACUAUGAUGAUGUCAUCUCCCCUGGACAAGAUUCUUUAAGUGGUACAGACUAUGAUAACCUGUAAGACACAGAGGAAAGGCUUCAGUCGAAGAAAACCUCAUGAAUGAGAAUGCUUUUGCUCAGGAAAUGACAUUUGACCUCUUCAAACUCAAACAGUGUUUAGAUCAUAAAUGGUUCAAUGUCUUGCUUCACCCUUUUGCCAGAACACAUUUUUGAAAAUCAUUUUAAACAUAGAAGCAUCAUAGAAAUACAAUAUUAACCCAUUUAUAUACAUAUAUUACAUGCAUGAUGUUGAAUUCGGUAGCUUAAAAUGGCUGAUAUGUUAUUUGUUGCAAGGGCUCAUUUAUCAGUAUUCAGUGCAUGUGCUCCCUGGGAAGCAAACCCAUGACCAUGGUGAUAUUAGCACCAUGUUCAUAAGAUUAUUAUGCUUUUAUACAGUUUUAUACACAGUUAGCCAGCAUUUAGAUUCUGUUUUGUUCUGGUUUUGUUUUGUAUAAAGAUGCACACCUCUGUAUAGGCCUACAACAAAGUCAUCAGUGUUAAAGGAUUGAUUCACUACUGAAUCCUAUAAAUAUGCACAAUAGAUACCUUGACCUGCCUUGACAACCGCCUUGUGAAUGAAAACGUUGUAAUGAAUAAAGGAUUAUUACACAGUUA